GGGCGCGGAGACGGAACUGAAACCAAGCAAACACAAGCCGAAACUCGGAUUGCAGACUCGUUCGCUUGAUAAUGGGUGUCAGAUGGCAACGUCCGCGCUGAGGCGCUCCGUCUAAAGAUACAACGCCGCGCUCUCAUUGAGGGCCCGAAGCGCUGUCACAUUACAGCUAUCCCGAAGAAAACUUUGCUUGAGUAGUGAGAAAUUAUCCCUACGUCGGCUCUGUACGUUGCGCUAGAAAACGCCGACUUGUCUUCAGAAUUGUUUGGGGGCCAAUGGUAUAGUUUAUAUGACAGACGUUCGUUCAAAUCUUAACGCGAGUUUGUCGUUUGGGGAUCGCGUCGCGGCAAAGUCAAGAUGGAGUCGAUGUGUGGCUUGAGGAAAGUGGCCAAGAUCGUCGCUUUUCUUCAACUACUUUUUGCAGGUUGUUUGACCUCUGUUCGCAACUGCCCCCAGCCUGUGCCGCCUCCAAAUGGUCACGUGGUGUACCACAACGAGAGGUCCAGCUACGUCAUGUUCAGAUGCGACCCCGAGUACGAGCUGCAAGGUUCGCGGUCUGCGCUCUGCAUGUUCGGGAGGUGGAGUCCCCCGCCGCCCAAGUGCGUUUCGCGGGAAAACGUCCGGCGUGGCACCGAAGGGACGACUGCCACGGAGGAGAUUCGAGCCCCGGAGGUACCGAGGACAACGCCCUGUCCUUACAGCGAGAAGAAGAGCUUGACGUUGGACGUACGUCGUCGCUCCGCCGAAGACAGGCACAACCAAUUUGACAGCAUCUUUGGUUGUCGGCUUCCGCCCGCCCCACGUAAUGGUUUUGCGGUUGUGUGGAGAAAUAAGAAUCGACUCGCGUUUUACUGUCAACCCGGCUUCAGGCCCACGUCUACCAAACACAUGACCUGCUACGGAAGGGUAUGGAACGGGUCGCCGCCUAGAUGUCUCAAAGGCACAGACUCUCCUCAAGAUGACGUUUCACUGGAGACGCCACUGCACCCUAACCCCUGCGGAAAGGACUACGGCGGUUGCGCACAGAUGUGCAUUUACGGUCUCCAACGCCAUGCUUGCACAUGCCAGAGCGGUUAUUUUCUCAACGGAACAGAAUGUAUUGACAGAGACGAGUGUGCUGAAGGAAAACACAAUUGCGAAAAGGGUUGCGUCAAUACUCCUGGAAGUUACCGCUGCCAGUGCCCGGAUGGUUACAAGCUGGCCAGGGACAACAAGUCGUGCUUAGAUAUUGACGAAUGUCAGGCCAAGAACGGUGGGUGCCAGGAAGCAUGCGUCAAUCACGUUGGUUCCUUCAGCUGUCGCUGCACGUCACCCGGUUUUUCACUGGCUGCGGACGGAAAGACAUGCGUCUAUACCGGGGCGAGACAUCAACCCCGGAACCCCUGUACUGUAAACAACGGAGGUUGUCACUACACGUGCUUAUGGGAUGGGCACACAGCUACGUGCUCCUGUCCCGCGGGAUACCGUUUUGACCGGAACGUAUACAGAUGCGUGGAUGUCGACGAAUGUCUGACGAACAACGGUGGAUGCCAGGAGAGAUGCCUCAAUAUACAUGGUUCGUUCAGAUGUUACUGCAUGUCAACCCAAUCCUUCUUGGCUGCCGACGGAAAGAACUGCCUGUAUACUUUGGAAAAACGACAACCCCACAAUCCUUGUGAUGAAAGGAAUGGAGGCUGUCAGCACAACUGCUCGUGGAACGGUAUCAAAGUCACGUGCUCCUGUCCCGUAGGAUACCGGCGUAAUCAGUAUAACACAUGCACAGAUAUCAACGAAUGUGACACCAGUAAUGGUGGAUGCCAGGAGCGCUGCGUCAAUCUGAUUGGUUCAUUCAGAUGUAAGUGCACGACAGCGGGCUCUUCAUUGGCUCCCGACGGGAAGAAAUGUGUAUAUGCGAAGGUGACACAGAGACCCUCAAAUCCCUGCAACGUUAACAACGGAGGCUGUUCCCACAACUGCACAUGGAAUGGUCGCAAAGUUAUAUGUUCUUGUCCUUCAGGAUUCUAUUCCUACAAAAAAAUAUGCUUAGACAUCGAUGAGUGCAAACAUAAAAAGGGAGGCUGUCAGCAUCAGUGCUUCAACACGCCAGGAUCGCACGUGUGCAUAUGCUCCGAAGGAUAUGAGGUAGAUCCCGCAGACAAAAAGAAGUGCAGAGACGUCAGAGGAUGUUCGUACAACAAUGGAAAGGGUCCGUGUCAGGAACAGUGUACUCCUCUGCCUGGCAAAAAACAAAAGUGUUCUUGUUCAAGCCCCGGACUCAAGCUCGCCGAAAACGGGGCGUCGUGUGUCGAUAUUGACGAAUGCAGUGAUGGCAACUUCGGAUGUUCCCAUGUUUGUGAAAACGUUCAUGGUUCUGCGUACUGCUUAUGCCCGUCAGGACUGAAUUUAGCCGAUGAUAACAAGACUUGUAUUGCUUUAAAUGGGUGCUCGGGCAACGACGGCAAAGGUCCAUGUCAGGAGCGUUGCACUCCUUCACCUAACAAUGGCUACAGCUGCUCUUGCAUAAGUCCCGGGACAGAGCUCUCGACUGACGGGGUUUCGUGCGACAAGUUGUCUGUUGUACCCGAGGACACGUAUGAGUAUAUCUGGCCGUCAAACUCAACUGGCUUUUCGAACAGCAGCGAUGGGAUUGAUGAUAUCGAGGGUUCUGGGAUGGAGGAGGAGACACCGUCCGGAAAGAAAGACGCGGAUCGCGUCACGCCGGAAUGUCCGAUAGGAUUUGCUCCAGUCAACGGCACAUGCGAAGAUAUCAACGAAUGCUCCUCCGGGACCAGCAACUUGUGUGCCCACAUCUGCAACAACACCAUUGGAAGUUUUCGCUGUAGCUGCAGGGAAGGAUACACGUUGAGCGAGACUGGGACCGGCUGUGAAGACAUCGACGAGUGCUCCUCGCAUUCGACUCAUCCCUGCUCGAACAUCUGCGAAAAUACCCAAGGUAGCUACUACUGCGCAUGCUUCCAAGGAUACAAACUGGACGGAACUAAAAGAAAUUGCGUAGAUAUUGACGAGUGCUCGACGGGCCGGCAUGGCUGCUGGGAUGUAUGCGAAAACUUUGCCGGAAGUUACAGGUGCAAGUGCCAUCCAGGACGGAUUUCGCUUGGUGGAGGGCGUUGUCAAGGUAUCAUCCAUUUCAUGCGCAAUUAA